AUGGCAUACGUAAAAAGAAUUUCUCAAGACACCCAAAGUGAUGGGGAUAUAAAAUGUGAAGUUCAUAAACCCUUGAUCCUGAACUGUUUUUGUAAAUCGUGUGACGUUUUAGUGUGCAUGGACUGUAUUUUAAAUCUUCACAAGUCACACGAUUGGUGCAAAGUUAGCGAUAUCGUUACUAUAAAAAAAUACGAACUCUCGGAAAAUUUGCGUCAAAUUCAAAGAGAUCACCUUCGUCUUUUGUCGGCAAGUAUUUCCAAUACCAAAAGGGCUACCAAUGAUAUAAGUGACCAGUUGGCAAGAAUUGACGCUCAGGGCGACAAAAUAAUAUCCAUUGUGCGGGACAUCCAAGAAAAAUUGAAACAGAAUUGUAGGGAUAAAGUCAAAUUAUCUAGAAAUGCAGUUGGAAAGGCAGAAUCCGACAAGAUUUAUUUAGAGAGCGUCCGACGGAUUUGCGCAGAGAAAUCAAAAUCUGGAUCUGAUGCAGAAAUAAUACUAGCUAAUCGCAAUUUGAAGAUGGCAAUGGAUGAAUAUUCGCCCGAUAACUUUCGGAAACAGAUGGUAUCGUGGUCUUUCGAGCAAGGAAACAUUGAUAAAGAUCUUCUGGCAGACAUGUUUGGGCGAUUUACUCCUAAAGAAAGUAUCUAUGAAAAGACACCAUUAAAGCGACCAGUCGAUGUUAAAACACCAAGGUCUGCACAUCGACCACGUGAUCAAGAGAUGGACUUUAAGAUCACCUUUGAUGUUAUUUCCAUAUUUAGGCACGGAAUAUUUGAUAUACAGUCAAUAUGUCCAAUUGCAGAAAAGGCAUGGAUCCAUCAACGAGAAGGCCAUACGAACGCUUUGGUGGACAAAGAUGGAGAGGUCAUCAAAAAGCUUAACUUCCACUUCAUUGUAAAUUCAUUCAGUAAAACACGCGAUGGAACGUUGUUUUGUGCAGACUUCCGCAACAAAAGCAUUUACAGAGUAAUAUCAUCCGACGGUUCUAUCGUGAAGUUGUUUGAAACAAAAAAGCUACGUCCAACAAGUGUUUCUUUAACCCAUGAUGGUCAUCUUUUAGUCAGCUUGGUGGACAAGUUUGAAUUCAUACUUUCCAGGCAAAGCCAAAGAAAAAUAUCAAAAAUGAAAAUGGAUGGAAUAGAGGUUCAAGUUUAUGGAACAGAAAACUUAUUUACAGCACCAAGAAAGGCCGUCGAAAACGGAAACCGAGAUAUCUGCGUCAUUGAUGUUUUAGGGGAAAAUAAGGGUCGUUUGUGCGUUCUGGAUAGUGAUGGCCGUCUGAAGUUUAUUUAUAAAGAAUACAACAAGAAGGCGCCUCUUUGGGACCGCUGGGUGGUUGAUAUAUCUGCAUGGGACGUGUGCUGUGAUGAUCGCCAUAGAAUCAUUGUUAGUGGCUGUCAAAGUCGUGAGGUUCGAUUUAUCGAUAGUUACGGGAAGCUGUUGGAGAAAUUCGUCACGACUGGGCACGGUCUCGACAAGCAUCCUAUUUGUCUGGGCGUUGAUCACUACACCUUGUGGUUAGGAUUUGAGGAAGGUCACGUCAUGGUGUUUAAGUAUGAUCAAUGA